AUGGCGAGAAAAGGACAAGCAGUUUUUCAAUUAGAGAUCAAUUCAGAUGAAGAAUGGAAGCUUCUUCUUGCUAAGCCAGGAUUAAUUGUAAAUGACGUCUUCUCCGAAUGGUGUGGUCCAUGUACAUCGAUGAUGAGCACAAUAAAAAAAACCAAAGUCGAAGUUAAUAGUGAUUUCCUAAUUUUUACCAUGGCGAACGCCGAUAAAAUUGAAGAUUUAGAAAGGUUCAGAGGAUCAUCUGAACCUAUUUGGAUUUUUAUAGCUUCCUAUCAGCUGCUGAGGGUGGUGUAUGGCUGCAACUCUCCGAUGCUGAUUGGCGUCAUAAUGAAAGAGUUCGAGAAUGAGAUGGCCUGUAUCGAAGGAACUGCCAAAAGAAUAUCGCGAAGUCUCAAAGAGCUUACACCUGAAGAAGAACAGAAACAGUCUGAAAAAAUGAAGAAAAAACUUAAAGAAGAAGAGGAAAAAAAGAAAGACAUCGAGCAACAGUGGGAUAAAAUUCGGCAUCGCUACUACGAACGAGUCGCACGCUAUAUCACCAAUUUAUCGGUGGUGGUUUUUUUCCCUCACACUGUGGAGGUGAUUGAAGGAGGGAAGGAGAUCUGCCCGCCCUCUAACAGACUUAUGGGUCAGUAUGACGUUGCUCACAUGAAUAUCAAAGAUCAACUGGAAGUUCAACUUACAAAAGAAACAAUACCCAAACUAUUCUAUAAUUCUGGAGUCCUGUUUCCUCGAAUUCUUCUGAGAAGCCUUGAGAAACGACCAGUCAUUGCUACUCUGUUGGCAGAGUUCGAAACAAGGGAAUUGGAAUUGAAAACAUCUUCCAUGAUCAGGCUGGAAGCCAUCGAACACUUGGAUGAAGCUGAGACACGAGUCGCAAACUUAGCCUACGGCGAAAGUAUGAAUCCGCUGGACCCAACUGCAGGCUCACCUUGUGCGGAGUUUAUGUUCUACACCCCUAAUGGGACUGCGGUUCCACCAUUUUGGACCCCGAGGGAGCAUGUUUCUAAGUCAGCAGCCAUUGAAGUUCUGUUCCCAGCGAUCGUAGAAGCAUUAGAAGUGAAAAUGGACCCUCUUCCUCCCUCAUCUUACGUAGUGAUUUUCGAAGCACGGAGAGCUCGUGAAGUUUUGGACACAGCGUUGCAGUUCGCCUCAAACGUAAUGCACGUUGGAUUCUUCGAUUCAGAAAACCCCGAUGAAGCAGAAAUGAUAUGCCAGACAGUUCAUGAAUAUGAGAGGUUACCGAAGGCUCAAAGACUUGGUUUGAAAAUGGUAUUGGCCCUUGAAAGAACUUCAAGUGAUCCAAUGCUAAUUUUGGCAUCUAUGGGUCCCCUCUACAUCUCUCCAGACGUAAGACAAGGCUUGAAAGAGGUGGAAACAUUCUUUCCUCCAAUGGUUGAUAAAGUUGCUGAGCCAGACCCAUGGGGGCCCCCUCCAGAAGAUGGGGGUGUAGAGGAAGAACUUGAGGAAGAAAUGGAGGAAGAAGGUUCGGAAGAGUUCUCUGAAGAAAUGGACCUAGAUGAAGAUGAGCUCAGGCAGAGCAGUAUGAGACCAGAUGAUACUGAAAUGGUAGCAGAUGAGGGUCCACGUCCAUCAGCUGCGUCGGUGACGAAAGAAGAGGCUGAAGGAGAAAAACAACCAGAAGAAAAAGGAAAGGAAGAAGAGAAAAAAGAAGAAAACAAAGAAGAAAACAAAGAAGACAAAAAAGAGGAUAAAGAAAAAGAGGAUAAAGAAAAAGAUGAUACAGAAAAAGAAGACAAAAUUGAAUGA